AUUGUCCGUUUAUUUUUUAUUCUCUCUCCUCUCCCUCCGAGCAUUGCAGUUACUGUAACGAAGUUUUUGUACAGGGCAUCCCACCGUCUCUCCUUGUAUCUCUGUUUCUCUGUUUUAGAUGAUCUCCACCUCUCGUAUUCUUGUCAUCGCGGUUCACCGCUGCUACUGCUUGGGACCUGCCCGUGAGAUCCAGAAAUGUUCAAUAGAUGAGCUCGUUUUUUCCCAAAGUUCGGAGGGUGCUCUAUAAUGGCUUUUUACAGGCACAGUAGCGACAUGUUAACGGAGAGAAGAGGUAUACUUGGCAUGAUUUUUAAGUCUCUUGAUCAAAGUGAGCAUGGUUUUCGGGUUGUUCGUAGAGGAAGAAGGUUUUGUCGGAUAACUAGACAAAGACUCUCGCGCUGGGUCUUUGUGCUUGCAUUGCUCUUCCUAAUUUAUUUGGUCCUUUCUGGCAUACAAAUGCUAUUUCAUGAUAAUUUGGAAGAUAGCAUUUCAUUGUCACAAGAAGUACAAGAACAACUUUUGGGGUAUAAUGCUCCAAAACCACCGAAAAGCAAGAAUCGUAGGCAGCAUUCUCCUUGCGAAGUUGGGUUUGUCAAAUUAGUGGAUGAUCUUGUUGAACCCAAGGAUCUUAUGAACUUCACUCAGUUUUCGCUAGAGUACAUUGAAAAAGAGGAAAUAUUACUUGAUAAUUAUUUUGAACCUAGAUUUGGAGGACAUCAGACUCUCCCAGAAAGAGAGAAAUCCUUCUAUGCUAGAAAUCAGACACUUCAUUGUGGUUUCGUAAAUGGACCACCUGGGUACUUGAGCACAGGAUUUGAUUUAAAUGAGAAAGACAAGGCAUACAUGUAUACAUGUAAGGUUGUAGUAUCUUCUUGCAUUUUUGGGAGCUCCGACUUUUUGAGGAGGCCCACACGCAGACUGAUCAGUGAAUAUUCCAAGAAAAAUGUUUGUUUUGUUAUGUUUGUUGAUGAGCAAACAUUAUUAAAACUGUCAUCAGAAGGUAGUACUCCUGAUGACGGUGGAUAUAUCGGCUUAUGGAAAAUAAUUGUUGUGAGGAACUUGCCAUAUAAGGAUAUGCGGAAAACUGGAAAGGUGCCAAAGUUUUUGCCACAUCGCCUCUUCCCUUCUUCUAGGUACUCAAUUUGGCUUGACAGCAAGAUGCGACUGCAGAGUGAUCCAAUGUCGAUUAUUGAGUACUUUUUGUGGCGAACAAAAUCAGAAUAUGCCAUUUCAAAUCAUUAUGAUCGCCACUGUGUCUGGGAGGAGGUACUCCAAAAUAAGCGUCUAAAUAAGUACAAUCACACGGCCAUUGAUGAACAGUUUACUUUUUAUCAGUCUGAUGGUCUCACCAAGUUUGAUCCUUCAGACCCAAAUACUCCUCUUCCAAGUUUUGUUCCUGAAGGUUCCUUUAUAGUACGGGCACAUACGCCAAUGUCAAAUUUGUUUUCUUGUCUUUGGUUCAAUGAAGUCAACCGAUUCACCUCACGUGAUCAGCUAAGCUUUGCAUAUACUUACUUGAAACUGAGAAGAAUGAAUCCCACUAGACCAUUUUACCUAAAUAUGUUUAAGGACUGUGAGCGUAGAGCUCUCGCAAAGCUAUUUCGGCAUAGGGCUGUGCCAUCUCCUCCACCUGCUUCUUUGGUCAAUUGAGAUUAUUUUAAGGUUUAUACUUGAUAUGAACAGUGAGAUGAAAGUGCUAAAAGAAGAUGCCUAGAAUCAUGCAAUCCCAUUAUUUCACUACAUAAGAACCAGUCUUGUAAAACGUGGUUGCUGGCACAUCCCACAUCCAAGUUAUGUAGCACUGAGCUUGAAGGUAAUCGGUUUGAAGCUUGCUAUAGCUCCCCCCCUCUUCCUCACUUUCCAGAAAGAAUAUGUUGCAAGCUGAACCAGAACCAAGCCAUAAUCUGUUGGUUCUCCCAUUGGUCGGUGGACUUCUUGAAGUUUCAGUUAAUGAUUGUUUUGAGAUUUCAGUUCACAUGUUACCAACGAACUAUAUUGCCAAAACCAGCUAGGCAGUGAAAUAUUCAAAUUCACUGGGCGUGUUUCAAUUUAAGAUGUCUAGAAGCAUGCCAUUGCUUUAUUUUAUUGUAUAGGAACCACAUUCAUUCCUUCAUCGAAUAAUCUUGUGAAAAAUGGUGACCUUUAGGGAGUGCAAGAAGUUGGAGAGCCUCUCUGUAAUCAACAUAGACCGGGCAACAUACGGGAGUUUUUUAUGUGGUGUGUAUGGUCGAGAAGGCCAGAUGGGUGCAUUAGGACAUUCAUUUUUUCGUCUAGUCAACAUAAUUGGCGUAAUUAUUAAGUAGUUUUAGAAUAUAUGGUGCUUCUAUCCUAUCAAAGUAUGACGUGUCAUUAAAAAUGUAAGCAACUUUAAUAACAUGGUAUUAUUUUGAUUGGAAGAGAGUAUCAUGUCUAUACUCCUUGAGCACUUGAUAA